CUAUACGGAUUAACGGUGCGGGAGAAGCGACCGGUGCGGAGGAUUGAGGAUCAGCGGGACUGUGCCGUUAAGAUUUCGGUGUAAAUGACCGGAAGACAGCUUUUCUGAGACGUUACCUGGUCUUUAUUUAAUUGUAUUCAAAUAUAUUCUAUUCUGUUAUUUUCUUUUCUAUUCAAUCUACUCCAGACUGCAGAGGAGACGCACAGAGUCGAGUUAACAGAGGGUGAACGACGUAAGCAGGGACUCAGAGACAGAGAGAGAGAGAGAGAGAGGGAGAGAGAGAGGGAGAGAGAGAGAAAGAGAGAGCGAGAGAGAGGGAGAAGGAGGAAGAGCGAGAAGCUCGCGACUGUGAAGUUAAUAUCCAAAAAUCCGUCAUUGCAAAGGUGUAACGUCUCCAACAAAGCAGGACAGCUACUACUGUGGAUUUUUAGAAAUGUUUGAGAAACUCUGCCUAACCCGCCGAAAUGUUUUACUGGAAUAAUUAGACUUUUCCGCCCUUUUGCCUGGGAUAUUUUUCCUUGUGGUGGAAUUCGUCCUGUUUCACCUGCACGAGGACAGCGACCGGUGGGAAAGGAGGAGGGAGAGGAGGCACCGCCGAGAAGAAGAGGAGAAAAAGAUAAGAAAAGAGGCGGUUGAAGGGGAGGGGGGAAUCAUUUCAGUUUCUUUCGGAUGGGAUUCUUCCCUCACCCCGCGGAUGGAGGGAUGAAACCGGGAGAAAAAAGACGGGGAGAGAGAGAAAGAGAGAGGAGGGAGAAGAGGAGGAUGUAGUCAGGCGUUGUGAGAAUACAAAACGGACGCACCCCUCUGGAAGACAGGAUUGAACUCUAAACCUAUACGGAAUUUACAGCCACCCAAAGGAUAUUACACAUAUUUACCUCGAUAUAUACAUAUGUGGGGCAUAUUCUCUUACCUGGAACCUAUCUGUGUGGAGUUACAACAAGAAUCACCACAACCGUUCAAAGGAUGGGAUUUGAAAAGAUAAUUGCGCCCUGACACCCAGUGAACGAAGGGACCGUAACAUCCGGAAAGAGAUGGAGAUGGAUGCGAACUCGGCUGGAAAAAGUAGAAAACCAGAUGCUACACUGCAGUGUAUCAACUUUCUGAGCUAUAUUGAUGUUAGGAUUCAAAUUAUGUCUUCUUCCAGUUUGUGACGGGAGGCGAUUUCUGCAUGAAAGUCAGACAUGCUUCACGCUAUGCAUCAACACUUCCUGCAUUGGCACUGAAGGUUGGCACCGGACGUACAUCGUGAGUGAGUGAAACCAGAAAGAAGAUUUUGGACGUUUACCCUCAUCCAUGAUGUUAUAGCCGUGAUAACAUGUGAAUCCUGAAGAAGAGUGUUAUCCGCUUUUACAUCUCUGAAGGUGUCGUGUCCAGGUGGGGUGGUAAUCAUGGAGAGGCUGUGGCUGUGUGUGAUGCUGGCAGUCGCCAUGGCAGUGCGGGCACAGAUCUGCCCGAAGCGCUGCGUAUGUCAGAUCCUGUCACCUAACCUGGCGACCCUCUGCGCCAAGAAAGGCCUACUGUUUGUACCGCCGAACAUUGAUAGGCAUACAGUGGAGCUACGGCUUGCUGACAACUUUGUCACAAGUGUGAAGAGGAAAGAUUUUGCAAAUAUGACACGGCUGGUGGACCUAACAUUAUCCAGAAACACCAUCUCCUACAUCACACCUCAUGCCUUUGCCGAUUUGGAAAACCUCAGAGCUCUACACCUCAACAGUAACCGGCUGACGAGGAUAGGCAAUGAUACAUUUUGUGGGAUGUCGAAGCUUCACCACCUGAUUCUGAACAACAACCAGCUGAUGCUGAUCCACCAGGGUGCAUUCAACGACCUGCUGGCACUGGAAGAAUUGGACCUCAGUUACAAUAACUUGGACACUAUUCCUUGGGAGGCCAUCCAGAAAAUGAUUAGCCUCCAUACGUUGAGUUUAGACCACAAUAUGUUGGACUUCAUUCCAGAGGGAACAUUUUCUCUGCUACAGAAACUCAACCGGCUGGACGUCACCUCUAAUAAACUCCUGAAGCUGCCGCCGGACCCACUUUUUCAACGAGCACAGGUCCUGGCCACAUCAGGGAUCAUGACCUCCACUUCUUUUGCAUUAUCAUUCGGUGGAAACCCUCUCCACUGCAACUGUGAGUUACUGUGGCUGCGAAGGCUAAACAGAGAGGACGACCUGGAGACGUGCGCUUCACCCCAACACCUCUCUGGCCGAUACUUCUGGUCCAUCCCUGAGGAGGAGUUUCUCUGCGAACCUCCACUCAUCACCAGAUACUCCCAUGAGAUGCGGGUGCUUGAAGGGCAGAGAGUUAUACUCAGGUGUAAGGCAAGAGGUGACCCAGAGCCAGCAAUCCACUGGAUCUCUCCCGAGGGCAAACUGGUGUCUAACUCCUCCAGAACAUUGGUCUACAACAACGGGACCCUGGACAUCCUCAUCAGUACAGUGAAAGACACAGGCUCCUUCAGCUGCAUCUCCUCCAACCCUGCCGGUGAAGCCCACCAAACAAUAGACCUGGUUAUUAUAAAACUCCCCCACAUCUCCAACAACACCAACAACAUCCAGGAGCCCGACCCGGGAUCGUCAGACAUUUCCACGUCAACCCGAGGCGGAGCCAACGGGAGCAACGUGACGGGUGACGUUAAAGGCGCGGCGGAUAAGAGGGUUGUAACGGCCGAGGCCACGUCAUCGACAGCGCUGAUCAAGUUCAACUUCCAGAGGAAUAUUCCGGGCAUAAGGAUGUUCCAGAUACAAUACAAUGGGAGCCAAGAUGACUCGCUGGUUUACAGAAUGAUCCCCCCAUCAAGCAAAAACUUCCUGGUCAACAACCUGGCAGCAGGGACCCAGUACGACCUCUGCGUGCUGGCCAUCUACGAUGAUGUCAUCACCUCUCUGACAGCAACACGUGUGGUCGGCUGUGUGCAGUUCACCACCGAGUCAGAGUACAUGAGGUGUCAUUUUAUGCAGUCUCAGUUCCUCGGCGGGACUAUGAUCAUCAUCAUCGGAGGGAUAAUAGUGGCUUCGGUGCUCGUUUUCAUCAUCAUCCUGAUGAUACGGUACAAGGUGUGUAACCCUGGUGAGGGUGGUAAAGGCGUUUCAUUGUCGAUGACCAACGUUCACUCACAGACCAACGGGCAGCAGUCCCAGGGAUGCACUGUGACUCCAAGCUCCUCUAAACACGGCUCAAUCGGAUUAGACGACCUCUCAGGAGGCACAAAGAAAAGGAGUGGAGCAGGAGGAGGAAGAGGAGGGGGCAAGGAUACGGUGACUCAGUCGUCCGACUCAUCCCUGCCUGAUUGCUCCACGACUACGUCAGUUCUCAGCCAGCCUUGGGCAGCCAAAAGCCCAACAGCUGGAGCCGAGGAACGGGAGAAAGCGGGUGAAGAGAGAGCUCAAGCUGACGUCUCGUCGCCCACCGGCACCAGCGGUUCCCUAACCAAGCCAAAGCGGAAGCCCACUCCAAGUAAGCCAGGCUCGGCUUGCGCCAACACCUCGGCUACUCCUGAAAACCUCCCCUCUCCUCGCCCUCCUUCCUCCUCCUUCUCCACCGCCUCCUCUGCUCUCCUCCCCUCCUCCCCUCUGGAGAACCUCAACACCAACCGCAACAACUCCACCUCUCUCAACCAAACCCCGCCUCCCUUUGUCCCUUCCUUUUUCUCCAGCCCUCUCGCCACCCCGAGCCCCGUCCCUUCCAUCCGUUUUAGAGAGACGCCCAUCUUGCGCAGGGCUCCUCGCGCAGGCACCUCAGCCUCCGCCAAGUACCAGACUCUCCCUGUGGAGGAGGCAGGGAGGAGCAGGGGCAGGAGGAGGUACUCGCUUAGUGAAGGAGGCUCAAAGACUCACUCGUCCCAUCAGGGAGCAGGAGGAGCUCCCAAAAUAGGGCGCAUAAUGCGGGACAAAAGGAGCCAAUCAAUGAGCGGGAUGCUACUCCCAAAAGAAGGGGAUGGAGACUCGGACAAGGGCCGGUGCGAUUCGGACUGGAUCUUAGAAAGCACGGUUUGAACUGGAAUGCGACAGCAACCAUAAAAUAAACUUUGGUUUAUCCAUUUUUGUUUAUCUAACGUAUAAGUGUAUGUCUGAGGUUUUGUGUGUGUGUGUGUGUGUGUGUGUGUGUGUGUGUGUGUGUGUGUGUGUGUGUGUGUGUGUGUGUGUGUGUGUGUGUAUUAGUUUGAAUGUGUCUAGAAUGGUGUAUGAGUGGAGCUAAUGUGUGUUUGUGACAUAUGAAACUGUGUGUGUUGCCAUUUAGGAUGUGCGUUUUUUGGUGUGUACUGUACUGUAUGUGUGUGUUCAUGUUUGAACCUUUCUUUAUAAAUGUGUGAGAGGUUGAUUUUGUUUGUGGGUGAAAGCGUGAACAUACCUUUAAUUUUCCAGCCUGUUUUUUUUCUUCUUUUUUUUUCAUAAUUUUUUGCCACAAUUCUUUGUAUUGGGUUUACAGUUUUUUUCACGUUGACAGUUUCCUAUCUCUUGUUUCAGUCUGUCAUUCAGCGAGUGGCUAUCUCGCCUUGUCUCGUAGCGUCCUCGAGUUGUCUCGGUUCCACUUUAUAGCACAAAAUAAAACAAGACAAUGGGCUUGCCACGUUAUUUCCGGAUUCACACUCACCUUAUCUGAAAAUACCACGAAAAGGGAACAAUUACAGGUAAAAAGAGGAAAAAUAAAAACAAUACAAGAACUGCAAAGCACACCAUUACAACGUCCACAAGCCCACAGGAAGUGUGUAUCAAUACUGCGGCAAGAGAAUAGCAGUCGGUGCCUUCUUUUGCACUAACAGACCCUCUGACAGAUGAUAUAACCGGAUUUGGGACUCCACCACGCUCCCUGAACGAGGGAUUAGGACGGAGGGGGCAAACAAAAAGGAAGAGAGAGAUUUCACACAUAGCCUUUCUUACCUACUGAGGAGCACAGACGUUUCUUGACAUAUAGAUGGACACAAACUGAGACAAAAAAGUAAGAAACAGAUGAAGACUUUUAACGGACCUCUUAUGAAAUUGAUAUUUUUUAAAGGGAAGAAUAAAAAAAAAAAAAAAAA